AUGAUUCCUUCGCGCAGACCCAUACACUUCAACGACAAGACCGGCACUGCUCAAGUUGAUGCAGAUCCCUCUAUUGUUCACCAGUUUCACCAACAGCUCCCUAACUACGCACGAACACCGCUCAUCUCCUUGGACGACGUCGCAAAGACGCUUGGAGUCAAGCAUGUCUUUGUGAAAGAUGAAAGUAAUCGCUUUGGUCUUCCGGCAUUUAAGAUCCUCGGAGCAUCAUGGGGAUCAUGUCGCGCCAUCAUAGCUAAGACUGGAAUUCCCACCAACUCACCUCUCGAGAAGAUCAAGCAAGCUGCCCAGAAAGAAGAAAUCGUGCUCUUUACUGCAAGUGCAGGCAAUCAUGGCCGAGCUCUUGCUGCAAUGGCGCGGAUGCUGGGCAUCCGAGCUUGGAUCUACGUACCCCGCACUGUCAACGAUGAAGCCAUCCGUCUCAUCUCUUCGGAAGGCGCGAAGGUCACUGUCUCAGGAAGAGACUACGAUGGCGCGAUGAGAGAAGCCUGGGAAGAAGCGAGCAGAACUCAAGAAGGAUUGUUCGUCCAGGACACCGCUUUUGAAGGAUACGAGGACAUCCCAAAAUGGAUCGUGGAGGGCUACUCAACCCUGUUGUCCGAGAUAGAGGAGCAAUUGUUGGAGAAAAAACUGAAGGCCAACCUUUUGGUCACACCUGUUGGUGUUGGCUCUCUAGCGCACGCCGUUGUGCGCCACUGUAAAUCCAGCGAUCGUAACUGCGCAGUCAUGUCAGUGGAGCCUGACACAGCAGCUUGUUUGUACCAAAGUUUGGUAGCUGGCAAGUCAAUACCAGUGCUUACUGGAAAGACCAUAAUGGAAGGCUUGAACUGCGGCAAACUUUCGUCGACCGUGUUCGAGGAUCUGCAGCAGGGCGUUGACGCAAGCGUGACCAUCUCAGACUUUGAGUCGCACCAAGCUCUCCAGUACCUUUCAAGCAAGUCUGUCGACAGCGGUCCUUGCGGUGGUGCGGCACUUGCUGCAUUGUGGCGGCUUGCAGACUCUCCCAAAGGUCCAACGUGGCUCACUGAGGAUGCUGUAGUCGUAAUCCUUAGCACCGAAGGACUACGCGAUUACGAACGACCUCUCCAUGUGUCGAGCGAAGACACAGUCGAAAUAACUUAG